AUGUCGAUUGCGCCCCCAUUGAACGCCGGCUGGGGAUAUGGAAUUGUCCUUGGUCUUGGAGCCGUGUUUGCGUUUGGCAUGAUCCUCGUUACCUGGAUCCUCAAACGAUACAACCAUGAGCUUCAGACCUCCGAAAUGUUCAGCACCGCUGGAAGGACGGUGAAGUCAGGUCUAGUCGCCUCCGCGGUUGUGUCCUCGUGGACCUGGGCAGCUACACUCCUCCAAUCCUCAGGCGUUGCUUACCGAUAUGGUGUUUCUGGCCCAUUCUGGUAUGCCAGUGGAGCUACCGUCCAAAUUCUGCUCUUUGCGACUAUUGCCAUUGAAUUGAAGAGGAGGGCACCAAAUGCUCAUACCUUCUUGGAAGUCAUUAGAGCGAGAUAUGGAACACCAGCUCAUUGCGUCUUCAUUAUCUUUGGACUCAUGACCAACAUUCUGGUUACGGCAAUGCUGUUGACUGGAGGCUCUGCAGUGGUGUCUUCCUUGACUGGAAUGCCGACAGCCGCAGCAUGCUUUUUGCUGCCACUUGGUGUUGUGAUGUACACUAUGUUUGGUGGUAUCAAGGCUACUUUUCUCACUGAUUGGGUCCAUACUUUCAUCCUCCUGAUCAUCAUCUUGAUUUUUGCAUUCACAACCUAUGCCACCAGCGACGUUCUUGGUUCCCCAAAGGCCGUCUUCGACCUCCUUGUCAAAGCAGCUGCCGAGCAUCCCGUCGAGGGCAACGCAAGGGGCAGUUAUCUCACUAUGAGAUCAAAAGAAGGAGCCAUCUUCUUCGUAAUCAACAUUGUUGGUAACUUCGGAACUGUCUUCCUUGACAACGGGUACUAUAAUAAAGCCAUUGCGGCGUCUCCAGUGCACGCUCUUCCCGGGUACAUCAUGGGUGGACUUUCCUGGUUCGCUAUCCCAUGGCUCUGUGCAACUACUAUGGGUCUCGCUGGUCUCGCUCUCGAGGGAAACCCGGCUUUUCCAACAUACCCAAACCGUAUGGAUGACGCCGAUAUUUCUGCUGGUCUCGUCUUGCCGUAUGCUGCUGUUGCCCUGCUCGGUCAAAGUGGGGCAGUGUGCACGCUGCUGAUUGUUUUUAUGGCCGUUACCUCCGCGUCUUCUGCUGAGCUCAUCGCCGUUUCGUCCAUCUUCACAUACGACAUCUACCAGACAUACUUCAACCCUGGCGCAAGCGGAAAGAAAUUGAUAUACAUGUCUCACUCGAUGGUCAUUGGAUUCGGCUUAUUCAUAGCGUCUUUCUCGGUUGGCUUGCACUACGCUGGCAUUUCGAUGGGAUACCUAUAUUUGAUGAUGGGUGUCAUAAUCUCGUCAGCCGUCAUUCCCUCCACUCUUACGCUGAUGUGGGCAGGACACAAUAAAUGGGCCGCCACGUUAACGCCUCCUUGCGGUCUUGCUUGCGCUCUCAUCGCUUGGUUGGUGACUGCCUCCAAGACCUGCGGAAAGCUUGAUGUCGACUGCACUGGCUCCAACAAUCCCAUGCUAGCUGGUAACGUAACGGCACUUCUCUCGCCCCUCAUCUUUACCCCGCUCUUCACCUUGAUCUUCGGUCUUGAAAAGUACGACUGGGCCUCCAUGGCCGCCAUCCGCAAAGGCGAUGACCACGACAUGGCCGCCGAAGCACACAUCGACCUCGAGCUCGUGCCUGGCCAAACCAACAUCUCCGCAUCCGAAAUGGCCAUCGAGCAAAACAAGCUCCUGCGCGCCUCCAAAAUCGCCAAGACCAUGACCGUAGUCCUCACACUGGCGUUGUUGAUCCUGUGGCCGAUGCCGAUGUACGGGACGGGGUACGUGUUCAGCGAGAAGUUCUUCUCCGGGUGGGUUAUUGUGGGCAUCAUCUGGCUCAUCGGCUCCCUGAUGUGCGUGGGUGUAUUCCCUGUCUGGGAGGGACGUCAGGACCUCUGGUUCACGGCCAGGUCCAUCUGGCUCGAUACUACGGGCAAGCAACACCCUUCGAGGUUCCACCGCCCCGAGGCUACCUAUGUUGUGGGCAAGGAAGGGGGAAGCGAGACGCCGAUUGUGGCGAAUGAGGAGAAGUCGGCGAGGGCCAUUGAGGAUAAGGCGUCCUAG